AUGUCAAAUGAGAUGGAGCAGGUGAAGACCACCCUGAAUCUGGCCACUCACACUGCUGACCUGAGUGACCGCUUUGAUGGGCUCAAGUUCUGCCGGUUCUCCCCGCUCUUUGCCUCUCAUGUCGGCCAACUCCUCACAGAGUGGGCUGUAAGCGGCCAUGUUGCCCACCCAGUCCUGGACGAGCUCUUGGUGUUUGGUCUUCUCUCCAUCCGCCACGUCCUCAUCGCCCUUCUCCCGUCAUUUCUCAUCCAGGGCUUCACCCUGGACCACCAGCCCCUGAGCCCCUCUUACAAAGGCAGUGCUGCUCUCAUGUGGCUUUGGACUCCGCCUCCAACCUCCAUGGGAGCUCCGCCCCAAACUCCUCAGAGCACUCCACCUCUGAUUCAACAGACGACUCCACCUCCAAAUACCAUGGGAGCUCCGCCCCAAACUCUGCAGAGCACUCCACCUCUGAUUCAACAGACGACUCCGCCUCCAAAUACCAUGGGAGCUCCGCCCCAAACUCCGCAGAGCACUCCACCUCUGACUCAACAGAUGACUCCGCCUCUAACCACCAUGGGAGCUCCGCCCCCAAACUCCACCUCCCAUCCCAUUCUGAUUCCUACAAUCACAGGGAUCUCCCCAGCAGGGGGAGCUCCACCUCCAACCUCCAUACUUGUGACUUAA